AUGAGUCAAUACACCACAAUUAUGGACGGUACGGUGGUAACCGAUAACGGGAUCCCACCCCCAGUGAACUGGGUGAACACUUACGAGGACAUGGGCGGAGACAUGCUUUGGGGUCAAGAUGGUCAAAUGGAAGAUGAGGUUCGCUCACGUGGCAUUGAUGGAGAUAUCAGACCGCACUAUGACAUGGCACCCUACACUGGAGACGCACUCUACCUCUUCGAGGUCGGCAGCAGCCAGUUCUACUUCUUCAAUGCUAUUGAUGGGUCUAUGUUGAUGAUUAGGGAUCAGACGGAUCUGAAGAGCAUCGUGGAUGUCCUUGAUGAUGAUGACAGAGGUUUGCCUGCGCUGGAUAUUGAGGAAAUUUAG